CGGUGUUCUUUUCUACAGAACCUCUGCCAGGAAGAAUCGCAGAGAGAGGGUCAGAGUGAGAAAUAGAGUGAGAAGCAGCGAGAGUGUUACCAAACCCUAAUUUCCAAGAGAUCGGCCAUGGCUUCCUCCAAGGAUCGUGACAACUUCGUCUACAUCGCCAAGCUCGCGGAACAGGCUGAACGAUACGAAGAGAUGGUGGAUUCGAUGAAGAAGGUUGCGAAUCUAGACGUUGAACUGACUGUUGAGGAGCGAAAUUUGCUUUCUGUUGGAUACAAGAAUGUGAUUGGUGCUCGGAGGGCGUCAUGGAGGAUCCUGUCUUCCAUAGAGCAGAAGGAAGAGACAAAAGGGAAUGAAUUGAAUGCGAAGCGAAUUAAGGAGUACAGACAGAAGGUUGAAUUGGAGCUUUCGAACAUCUGUAAUGAUGUUAUGAGGGUGAUUGAUGAACAUCUUAUUCCUUCGGCUGCAGCUGGUGAAUCCACUGUGUUUUACUAUAAGAUGAAAGGAGAUUACUAUCGUUAUCUUGCUGAAUUUAAGACCGGCAAUGAGAAGAAGGAAGCUGCUGAUCAGUCUAUGAAAGCAUAUGAGUCUGCUACUACUGCAGCCGAGUCUGAUUUACCACCCACACACCCCAUCCGAUUGGGUCUAGCUUUAAAUUUCUCAGUCUUCUAUUAUGAAAUCUUGAAUUCCCCAGAAAGAGCUUGUCAUCUUGCAAAGCAAGCUUUUGAUGAAGCUAUUUCUGAGCUGGACACCCUGAACGAGGAGUCAUACAAAGAUAGCACCUUAAUCAUGCAACUUCUCAGAGACAAUCUAACUUUGUGGACUUCUGACAUCCCUGAGGAUGGAGAAGAUGCGCAAAAAGUGAAUGGCACUGCCAAACUUGGUGGAGGUGAGGAUGCAGAGGUGAGUAAUUCUUUCUUGUUUGGUAUGUGUAAUUUUAUUUUUGUUUGAUUGCUUUAGUUCACCUCAUCAAUUUUUUUUUUUGCAGUGAAUUCGAUGGUUGAUGGGAACUUCCCGUAGGAUUUGAUGCAUGCAUUUGGGAAUGAAACAUGAGGGCCGAUUACUUAUCUGUGUAUUAGUUAGAGAUAGGGUUUCAUUGUUUCCUCUUUGUUUCUUGUUGAUUGGCCAUACUUCCCGAUAGGGGAAAAAGAAACUCCAUUUGUGCUAUUUAUGCUAUGUUUUUGUUUGUGUGGUGUCUGGAAAUGGCCUAUUUCAUUCCUAAGCCUUUUCCUCCCUUCUCUGGGGGAUUUGAUUGAUGAGAAUUGAUUAUGGUGUAUUAUUUUCUUUUCCAAUGACUGCUACUACCCUUACUGCGA